CGGAAGUUGGCGCGGGCCGGGCGGCGGGUGGAAGCCGGUGCCGGAGCGCGAAUUGCAGCGCCGUCGCCUUCACCGCCCGGGCUGAGGUUGCCGGCCCGCCCGCCCGUCUGCGAUGGGGACCGGGCCCUGAGCGCCCCGCCAGCCUCCCCUUUCCACAGCGACCCCGCCCGGCCGCGAUGGAGGCGCCUUCAGCGGCUCCCCUUCCCGCCGAGGGUGGCCCGCCGGUGGCCGUGGCCGAGGUGCGCUGCCCGGGCCCCGGGCCGCUGCGCCUGCUCGAGUGGAAGGUGGCGGCGGGCGCGGCCGUGCGAAUCGGCUCCGUGCUGGCCGUGUGUGAGGCCGCCGCUUCCGCGCCGCCCACCGGUCCCGCCCCUGCCCGCGCCGGCUCCGGGGGCUGCGUGCGAGCAGAGCGCAGGCUGAGGUCCGAGCGCGCCGGCGUGGUGCGGGAGCUGUGCGCGCAGCCGGGCCAGGUGGUGGCCCCCGGGGCGGUCCUGCUGCGGCUGGAAGGCUGUAGCCACCCGGUUGUCAUGAAAGGCUUGUGUGCCGAGUGUGGCCAGGACCUAACCCAGUUGCAGAGUAAGAACGGGCAACAGCAGGUGCCCCUGUCCACGGCCACGGUGUCCAUGGUGCACAGCGUCCCAGAGCUGAUGGUGAGCUCCGAGCAAGCCAAGGAGCUGGGAAUGGAGGACCAGCAGCGGCUGCACCGGAACAGAAAGCUGGUGCUCAUGGUCGACUUGGACCAGACGCUGAUCCACACGACAGAACAGCAUUGCCAGCAGAUGUCGAACAAGGGCAUCUUUCACUUCCAGCUGGGUCGCGGCGAGCCGAUGCUGCACACACGCGUGCGUCCGCACUGCAGGGAGUUCCUGGAGAAGAUCGCCAGGCUGUACGAGCUGCACGUCUUCACGUUCGGGAGCCGGCUCUACGCUCACACCAUCGCAGGCUUUUUGGACCCUGAGAAGAAGCUUUUCUCACAUCGAAUAUUAUCGAGGGAUGAAUGUAUCGACCCGUUCUCUAAAACAGGGAACCUGAGAAAUCUCUUUCCCUGCGGAGACUCCAUGGUGUGCAUUAUUGAUGAUCGGGAAGAUGUGUGGAAGUUCGCCCCCAACCUGAUAACCGUAAAGAAAUACGUCUACUUCCAGGGCACAGGAGACAUCAAUGCUCCCCCUGGGUCGCGGGAGCCACAGGCGAGGAGGAGAGCGAACCAGCCUUCCAAAGCUGCCGAUGUCACGGAACAUGCUGCGUCCGUCAGGGAGACCGAGGAGGGACGGCAGAUUUCUGGGGUCGAGCAAAGUAACGGCCUUGGGAAGCCUGCGAGGGAGCUCAACGGGGGCAUCUCUCCGCGGGGGGACUGGCCCCUGCCUGGGCCGGAGGAGGACAGAGGCGCCCGGCCCACCCCCCGUGGCCCCUUGGCUGAGGGCAGGGGGCCCCCCACAGGUGCUCAGCCGCAUGGUCGGACAUUGCCAGAAAAGCGGCCCACUCAGGGCACGGCGGGCGGUGACCUGGACUUUGACCUUUCCAGUGACAGCGAGUCGGAGGCCCAGUCAUCCUCUGAUGGAGAAAGUGGGGAGAGGAGGGGCCUGGAAAGACCUCAGGGCCCACGAGAUGCAGGGAGAGUGGCCCAGCGGGGGGGCCCUGCUGGUCUGGGAGGGGCGAGUCCGUGCGGAGAGCCGGCCCCAGGCGAGCACCUGGACGCGCAGGAGGAGGACGAGCGGGACGGCCUCUGCGGGCUGGGCGGCGGCUCUGCCGACCGGAAGGAGGCCGAGACCGAGUCGCAGAACAGCGAGCAGUCGGGCAUCACCGCGGGCGAGUCCCUGGAUCAGAGCGUGGAGGAGGAGGAGGAGGAGGAGGACACAGAUGAAGACGACCACCUGGUCCACCUGGAGGAGAUCCUCGCCCGAGUGCACUCUGACUACUACGCCAAGUACGACCGCUACCUCCGCGGGGACAGCCCCGAGCCCCCCGACAUUCGCAAGAUCGUCCCGGAGCUCAAGAGCAGGGUGCUGGCAGACGUGGCCAUCAUAUUUAGCGGGCUGCAUCCCACAAAUUUCCCCAUCGAGAAGACGCGGGAGCAUUACCACGCCACGGCCCUCGGCGCCAAGAUCCUCACUCAGCUGGUGCUGGACCCUGACGACCCUGACAGGGCCACCCACCUGAUCGCGGCCAGGGCAGGCACGGAGAAGGUGCGCCAGGCCCAGGAGUGCGGGCAGCUGCACGUGGUCAACCCCGACUGGCUGUGGAGCUGCCUGGAGCGCUGGGACCGGGUGGAGGAGCAGCUGUUCCCGCUCAGGGCCGACUGCAGCCGGGCCCAGAGGGAGGACGGCCCCGCGGCCUUCCCUGACAGGCAGGGCGCGCUCCCCACUGCCCUGUUCCACCCGACGCCCGUCCAUCCCAGGGCCCCGUCUGGGCCGGAAGUUCGCAUCUAUGAUGCCAACACGGGCAAGCUCAUCCGGAAAGGUGCUGUGGGCCCGGGGCCCCCCGGCUCCCUGCCAGUCCACGCGGAGCACUCCUCCUUCAGAGUGGUUCAGCCGCCACCACAGAUGCUCGCCCAGGAGCUGCCGGACACCCGACGCGGGGAGCGGCCCGGCCCCGGCGGAAGGAAGCGACAGCCCAGCAUGUCCGAGACCAUGCCUCUGUACACGCUGUGUAAGGAGGACCUGGAGAGCAUGGACAAGGAGGGGCCACAAGCGGAAGCUGCCCGAGGAGGAGGCCGGCAGCGCGUCCAGCGGGGACACCAGCGGGGAGGACGAGGAGGGCAGCAGCUCGGAGGCGGACGAGAUGGCCGCGGCGCUGGAGGCGGAGCUCAACGACCUCAUGUGACCUGCAGGGCACGCGGCGGACGUGUGCGUCUCGCUCCGUCCCCAGAUGGCUCCCGGCCGCGUGGGCCCUUGGAUGGGGUCUCCUUUCCUCCAGAAAGACGUGUAUAUUUGCAGAGCACCACAUACAAAAACACAUAAUUUUGCAGAAAUAGGUGUUUUUAGAGGUUUUACUACAGAAAGUCUACUUUUCUAAGGGACAGUGUCCCUGGAGGCAGUGUGCCAAAGACAUCGCCACGCCCCUCACAGCCUCUUGCGGGCGGGCGGGCGCGGGUCCGGGUGGCGCACGGGGCCCUCCUCCUCCAGGACACGGGUGUAAAGUUUUUGUAUAUCUAUUUCGCAUUUGACCCACCGAGCAGAUUUCUCUUUCAUUUAAUAAAACUCCUUUUUGUACA